AAACCAUUAAACCAUUAAACAUGGCCUAUAAUCAUAACCUUUCUUUUCUUUGUGUCGUCGUUUGUUUGGUGUUGGGCGGCUUUCAUUAUUCUGCCGCCAGAAGUGAUUACGAAGAUACUUACAUUGUUCAUGUAAAGCCAUUCACGGCGGCGGCCGCCAAUGGCCGCCGGUUCACCACCCUUCACCAUUACCAUCAAUCAUUUGUUUCGGAUCUCACUCCCAGCACCGCUGCCAGCGGAGCAGAGUCGCCGCCGCCGCCUUCUCCCAGAAUACUACACUCAUAUCGCCAUGUGAUCUCUGGGUUUGCGGCAAAGCUGACGCCGGGGAUGGUGAAGGAAAUGAGCCGUAAGGAAGGGUUCGUCUCGGCGAAGCCGCAGAAAGUGUACCAAUUGCACACCACCCAUACGCCGGAGUUCUUGGGCCUCCUCCGGCAAGACGGCGGCGGGCUCUGGGAAAAGUGGGGAAAUUAUGGGAAGGGCGUGAUAAUAGGGGUUUUAGACACCGGGAUCACCCCAGCCCAUCUCUCUUUUUCCGACGAAGGCAUGUCGCCUCCUCCGCCGAAGUGGAAGGGGAAAUGCGAGUUUAACGGAACGGCGGCGGCGUGCAACAAGAAACUGAUAGGUGCAAGAAACUACAUGGUCAUCGGGUCCUCCGUUGACGAAGAAGGGCACGGCACACACACCUCCAGCACAGCCGCCGGAAACUUCGUCAAGGAUGCUUCGACCCUGCUCGGGAACGCGAAAGGAACGGCUUCUGGAAUGGCACCGCAGGCUCACGUGGCGAUGUACAAGGUUUGUGGCUCUGUUGGAUGUGUAGGCUCCGCCAUACUGGCUGGAGUAGACGACGCCAUUGAGGAUGGCGUUGACGUGCUCUCUGUCUCUCUCGGAGCUCCAGCUGGUCUCGCUUUCUUUGAGGACGUCCUCGCCAUAGUUGGCUUCGCAGCAACGAGGAAAGGCAUUUUUGUGAGCUGUUCCGCCGGCAAUUCCGGCCCCAGUCCACAGACAGUGUCAAAUGCGGCUCCCUGGUUUCUCACGGUAGCGGCGAGCACAAUUGACAGACGCAUCAAGGCCACCCUCGUUCUCGGGAACGAGGUCGAACUAGAGGGCGAAUCAGCUGCUCAGGUUGAUUCGCCCAUGCCUUCCCUGCCUCUCGUAUACCCUGGUGCCAUUUCGAAAUCAAACAGAACUGCCGCUGCUUUCUGUGGGUCGCUGAAUGGAACCGACGUCAAGGGAAAGGUGGUGUUGUGUGAUCGAGGAGGUGACAUCGGAAGAGUUCAAAAGGGGGAAAUCGUGAAAGCUGCUGGUGGGGCUGCCAUGGUUCUUGCAAAUGAUGAACCCAAUGGGUACUCACUGUGGGUUGAUGCUCAUGUACUCCCAGCAACUCACAUUAGUUACAAUGCUGGGUUGAAGGUGAAAGCCUAUAUAAAUUCCACCUCGGCGCCUACUGCUACUAUUGAAUUCAAAGGCACUGUUUUGGGGGAGAAAGAUGCGCCUCAAGUCGCAGAUUUCUCCUCCCGAGGGCCUUGCAUUGCAACCCCGGGAAUCCUCAAGCCAGACGUUAUUGGACCCGGGGUCAACAUUGUUGCUGCGUGGCCCGUUUCAGUACUUGAUGGGAAUGAGAUUGGGACGAAUAGUUCAAAAUCUUCAAAUUUUAACAUGAUUUCCGGAACCUCAAUGGCAUGUCCUCAUCUUAGUGGGAUUGCGGCCUUGCUGAAGAAUGCACACCCGACAUGGUCACCCGCUGCAAUAAAAUCCGCUAUUAUGACCACAACCUAUCAAGAUGACCUCAACGGUAGUAAGAUCGUUAGUGAUAAAACGUUGGCCGCCGCUGAUUUCUUCGCCAUGGGCGCGGGCCAUGUUAACCCCGAAAGAGCAAACGAUCCCGGGCUAGUCUAUGACUUACAAACUAACGAUUACAUUCCUUACCUAUGUGGUCUCAAUUACACGGAUCAGCAGGUUCAAAUGAUUGUGCACGAGAAUGUUAGCUGCUCAUAUUUUGGCCGCAUACCCGAGGCACAACUGAACUACCCGUCCUUCGCUAUCCACAUCGGGAAGUCGAAGUUAACAUAUUCUAGGACAGUCACCAAUGUUGGAGAUGCAAAGUCUAAAUACAUCGCUAAAAUCACUCCCAUCCCAGGAGUUGAUGUUCAGGUUGAGCCACAAACUCUUAUCUUUGGCGAGGUGAACCAGAAAAUAUCUUACAAUAUUACCUUUACCCCAACUUCUAAACUAUUCAACAAUAAUGAUAAUAAGAGUGUUCAAGGCGCCAUCUCUUGGGUCUCCGAGAAGAACACUGUCAGAAGUCCGAUUGUUGUGUCACCAUUAUCUGGAUUACAAAGUAGCAUCAAUCAUGAAGAAGUUGGGAUAGCAGUGGAAUGAUUAGUUGUCAUUGGUAAACUAUAUAUUUUCGUAGCUAGCUUGCCAAAAAUUUGGGUGUUUGUUGAAUGUUUUCAUUACUAUUUUAUUAAGCUAAGUUUUCAUUUGGUUUGGUUAAGUAAGAUUUAGUAUUGUCUUUCAUAUAAUCCCUGGACAAUAAAGCAUUCUGGACUGUUUAUGCUUU